AUGAUCUCACCCUCAUUGGUGUGGUCCAGGGCACAGCUCCAGAAACCGCAGCCAGAUGAGGAUGUUGCGACUCGACUCGCACAGUGGCUUCCAGGAUUAAUGGUGCAUUCCCGGUUGAAUGGCGGCAGUCCUUCUUCAUCCCCAGCUGAGGAGAUGGGUGACCGUGACGGACUGCUCAUUCAUGCCGCACAUCGUCGCUCUCUCUACCUCGGCUGUGCGCGGCAUCUCUCACAGUUUUCCGACGCGCACGACUACUACCGUCUGAUGAUGUGGUGUCACGAUCAGGGCAUCUUCAUUCACCCUGCUGUCUGUGUGCAAAGACGCCCAUCGUUGUACCGCGACCACGCUUUCACUGUCUCACAGAACAUUGAAAGGUUGACCCCACUGCUAGCCAUCCCGGAGUCGCUUAUCAUUGGGUUUAAGAAUCUGAGUGACACGAGUGACUCCGACAACAGUCUGCGGGAUGAGAAGCGGGAAAAGGAGUUCAAUGAACUGAACUCUGGGGACGGGAGUGACUCCGAUGUGUGCCAGUUUUUUUUCGCUUCACUGAGCAUGGUUGUGUCUGACCUCGUGACGGCGAAGAGCAGUCCACUGACGGAUCCGCGUUGGGCCUUCGCAGAGCUACUUGGAAAGGUGCGAACGCUGAAGAAUGCGCCGUACCUCGAGGAUGAUGUGGUGCUGGACGCGGAGUCCUCGGGUCUGGCCGACGUGCUGUUGCAGAUGAUUCGCAAUUACAUCAAUGGGGGUCCGCUGGUAGGAAAAGUUGACCGCACAGAACUUCGCUGGGCAGUGAGCGUAUGCCUCUCCCACUCCACACCGCUUGCGAUUGCAGCGACGAGAUCGAUUGGAAUAAUUCCCAUGGUACACCUCUUUCCGCAUGGUGGGAAGGAAACAAAUGCGUUUCUUGUUUCCCGCACAAGCCGCCCGCACUCUGCGGAGAAAAUUGCGGCAUACUUUAGCACGCAUCAUGGCUACGACUUUGCGCACGCGAGGGAAGGUAAAUGGAUUUAUGUCGUGCCCUCCCGCCCUCUCCUCGCGGGUGAAGAGAUUCACCUGCAGGCCAUGGCUCCUGUUUGUGGAAGAGACUCGGAGGCUGAGAAAAUGUGGCGACUGUCGUGCGCCGCUGCACCAAAGGAGUAUAUGACAUCGGCUGCCGUUGCGCAGAUGCAGCAGCGUCUCACAUGUGAGCUCAUUGAGAAAGGUGACGAUAUCCUUUCGGGGAGAAUGUCUUAA